UGACUCUAUCCUACUAUGGAACAACCUCUGGCCGAGCACUCAGCUCCUAGUAAGGCCAGUAGUGCGCAGGCUGUUGACUCUGGAACACUGGAGGCCCUGUCCACGUCACAGAAGCACCCUCAGGACACGGACAGUGCAGAGCCUGAGGGAGAAGCUGGAGAACAGGAGCCAGGGGACCAAGCUUUGCCACCAGCCCAGGACGGCGAAAAUCUUGAGUGUCCUCCUCCUGAAGCCGGCUCAAGUCCUCCUGGGCCGGCCUGUGGGGCGUCAUCUGAGGUAGAGAGAAUAGAGGCGUGUCCCAAGCCACAGGAGCUUCCCCAGUCUCCCAGGGCCCAACGGCCGGAACUAGAUUUCUACUGUGUCAAGUGGAUCCCUUGGAAGGGAGAACGGACCCCCAUCAUCACCCAGAGCAGCAAUGGCCCCUGUCCCCUCCUGGCCAUCAUGAACACCCUCUUUCUUCAGUGGAAGGUGAAGCUGCCCCCUCAGAAGGAGAUGAUCACAUCAGAUGAACUCAUGACACAUCUCGGAAACUGCCUCCUGUCCAUCAAGCCCCAUGAAAAGUCUGAGGGCCUUCAACUUAAUUUUCAGCAGAAUGUGGAUGAUGCAAUGACCGUCCUCCCUAAACUGGCCACUGGUCUGGAUGUCAAUGUGCGCUUCACGGGCGUCUCGGACUUUGAGUACACGCCCGAAUGCAGCGUCUUUGACUUGCUGGGCAUACCUCUGUACCAUGGCUGGCUUGUUGACCCACAGAGCCCUGAGGCCGUGAGCGCUGUUGGGAAACUGAGUUACAACCAAUUGGUGGAGAAGAUCAUCACCUGUAAACACUCAAGUGACCCCAACCUGGUGACAGAAGGCUUGAUUGCGGAGCAGUUCCUGGAGACCACUGCAGCGCAGCUGACCUACCAUGGCCUGUGUGAGCUCACAGCAACGGCUAAGGAAGACGAACUCAGUGUCUUUUUUCGAAACAACCAUUUUAGCACCAUGACUAAGCACAAGAGUCACCUGUACCUCCUGGUCACUGACCAGGGCUUUCUACAGGAGGAGCAGGUGGUGUGGGAGAGCCUGCAUAACGUGGAUGGCGACAGCUGCUUCUGCGACUCUAACUUCCACCUAAGUCACUCCCUAGGCAAAAGCCAAGGGGCAGAAGGUGGCAGUGGCUCUCCAGAGAAGCAGCUGCAGGUGGACCAGGACUAUCUUAUUGCCUUGUCACUGCAGCAGCAGCAGCAGCAGUCACCGCAAGGCAUGCUGGGCCUUAGUGACUUGGAACUGGCUCAGCAACUUCAACAAGAAGAGUACCAACAACAGCAAGCAGUUCAAGCUGUGCAAACAAGGGCCCCUUCCCCCCAGGGGAGAGGCACCUCAUCUGGACGCCCAGCUGGAGAGAGGCGGCAAAGGUCGAAGCCGGAGUCAGACUGCACUCUGCUGUAACGCUGCCCCGUGCAGCGUGCAUCUGCCCGCUUCUUCCA